AUGUUUACGACAGCGAUUAGUGUGUCGGAACAGUGGAAACGACUACAAGCUAGAACACAGCAACGAAACGAAACCGUUUAUGCGUAUUUCCACGACAAAAUGCGUAUGUGUCGACAGCUGAAAUUGAGCAAGUCGGAGAGCAAGAAACUGAUGUGUAUGGGAUUACACUCUAAGGAUAUGUGCAACGUCCUUAUGAGUAGAACUCACAAUGAAGAAUAUGAGGUAUUGCAAGACCUACGAGAGUGUGACGAAGUGUUUCAAAGCCGAAACGAACGUUUCAAAUCGACAUCAAAUAGUAAGUCCACACUUAGUAAAGAGGAAAAUUUUAAAAAUAAAACUAACCCCAUGAAAAGUCCGUCGACGCAAACACAACCAAUAAAACCAGUUAUGCCGGCAGCUUUCAAACGAGAAAACCCCGAGGUGAAAUGUUAUAAUUGUCAGUUGUUAGGUCAUAUCGCGCGAGAUUGUCCACAACCGCGGCGACCGUUAAAAUGUAGUAAAUGCAAAGCGGAAGGACACACAGCCAAAUACUGUACUACUCGAUCGCCGGAUAUAGCAUUGGUAGAGCAGAACCAGACUGACAAUCGGACAGUGUAUAUUAAGGAUGUAUAUCUGAAUAAUAGUACGGAUGCGAUCAAGGGAUUGGUGGACACCGGUAGUACCCUCACCAUAAUCAGACGAAGUCUAGCGGAGCGAUAUGGUAUGGAUAUCACACCCCGAAAAAUACAACUAAGAGUGUACGGUAACAUACCAUGUGUAAUCGGUAGCGGUGACACCGAAGCUGAGGUAAGAAUUGACACUGUGUCAGAAAAAAUAAAAUUGUUAGUGGUAGAGGAUCACAUGCAGAACUUAGACAUUAUCAUCGGGCGAACGUUCAUCAACUGUGCAAAUGUAUCGUUUAUCAAAACUGCGGAUCAACUCAUAUUUGCUUACGAUAUGCCAUUGCCCUUCACCAACGAACCGGACGAAGCGCUCAGCGAACAGAGACCUUUUACUCCAGUAACGGUACACGAGUUACACGAGAUACCAGCAGCAAGUGUGAAAAUGGUAGAGGUGGAUGUGAACUCAACUAUUGUAGAAGUGUUGAUGGUGAAUCAUGGUGAUGAACCAGUUCAGUUGAAAAAGGGGACACAAGUCAAACGCCUACACAUGGCAGUGCAGCAAUCGGGACCAAGUCAGCCAUACGAAGAACCAAUAACCAGGGAAAAGGUCAAGUACAACCCACAUUUCACUGAACAUGAAGUAACACAAUUAAUUAAUUUGUUAACCGAGUAUAGAAAAUGUUUUGCGUUCAAUAUGUUUGAAGUAGGGUGCACAAAAGCAAUUACCAUGGAUAUUGUUGAUAACAACGUACCUGUCAACAGUAAACCUUACCGUGCCAGCGCUCAGGAAAGGGACACCAUUGAUCGAAUUGUGCGAGAGUGGAAGGCAGCAGGGAUAGUCAGAGAAAGCGAAUCACCGUAUGCGUCUCCAGUAUUACUCGUAACAAAGAAAAGUGGUGAACCUCGUUUAGUCGUGGACUAUAGGAAACUAAACUCCCAAACAGUGAGGAAAGUCUAUCCGACGCCAAACAUGGAUGACCAUUUGGAAGUUUUAACAGGGGCUAAAAUGUUCUGCACUCUUGACCUAGCAUCAGGUUACCUACAAGUACCAUUGACCGAGGAAGCCAAAGCUAAAACAAGUUUCAUAACACCAACCGAAAAGGGUGAGUUUGAAAGAAUGGUUUUCGGGUUAAUUAACGCCCCAUACGAAUUUUCACGUUUAAUGAAAAAAGUUAUGCAGCAUCUAGAACGUGAUGUAGCAAUGUGGUAUUUAGAUGACAUAUUAAUACCAGCAAGAAGUUUCGAAGAGAUGAUGAUCAGAUUAAGGAAAGUAUUGGAUGCGUUAAGUUCCGCAAGUUUAACUCUAAAACUUGAAAAAUGUCACUUUGGAUAUGAGGAGGUAACAUAUUUGGGUUUCAGAUUAUCAACGCAUGGAAUCAAACCAGGAGAAGACAAAGCAGCAGCCAUACUGAAAAUAGAACACCCAACCAAUCGACAUGAAGUGAGACGAUUCUUGGGUUUGACCGGAUUCUUCAGAAGAUUUGUGCCACAGUAUGCGCAAAUAGCCAAACCACUGACCGAGCUGACCAAAAAUUCAGUACCAUUCGAAUGGGGACAUUCGCAACAGGAAGCAUUUGACACACUAAAGGUAAAACUUACCAGUAAUCCAGUCUUACAAUUAUUUAACCCAAAUGCUUAUACGGAAUUACAUUGUGAUGCCAGUCAACAAGGGUUGAGUGGACUACUACUACAGCGAAGGAACGAAGACAAGUUACUACAUUUAGUCUAUGCUGUGUCUAAGAAAACCACCACAGCAGAAAGAAACUAUCAUGCGGGAAAACUAGAACUCAUGGCAAUAGUUUGGAGCGUCACCCGUUUAAGACAUCUACUGAUAGGAAUGCAGUUCAUCAUAGUGACAGAUUGUCAGGCUAUAGUGCAUCUCAACACUAAGAAAACAGUAAAUCCACAAGUAGCUCGAUGGGCAAACUUGCUAAGUGAAUACAACUAUGAGAUACGUCACAGACCAGGGAUUAAGAUGGCCCACGCAGAUGCUUUGUCUAGAGCUCCCGUGAAUACAUCAACAGACACUGAAGUAGAACUUGAAGAGCUAGAGAUCAUAAUAACAAUGCAAAGAAGUGAUGAAAACAUAUGUUCACUAAUCAAAAUAAUGACAAAAUCAACUGAAGAGCGAUCAUUAAAUGAACAACGUGAAGUUAGGGAUUAUGUCAUGCGUCAGGGCAUAGUGUAUAAAAGAGUCAGGAUUCAAGGAGAAGAACGCCAACUAUGGGUUGUUCCAAACGCAAUGCGGAAGAGUAUAGUGGUGCAGAAUCAUGACAUGGCUGGACAUUUCGCACUUGACCGAACGGUUGCGAAGAUCUUGGAGCGGUACUACUUUGCCCGAAUGAGGAGUUAUGUGCGAGUUCAUAUCAGAUGCUGCCCAGAGUGUAUACUAACUAAAAUACCAAGAGGCCGACCACAGGGAGAACUCCAUCCGAUACCACCUGGAAGAAGACCAUUUGAGGUGAUACAUUUAGAUCACAUAGGACCCUUUGUACGAUCAACUGCAGGGAAAAAUUACAUACUAGUUUUAGUGGACAAUUUGACCAAAUAUGUCAAGUUAUACCCAGUGCGAGCUUGUAAUGCUGAAGCAGUCAUAAGAAGUUUACAACAGUUCAUAUUAAACUAUGGAGUACCUAAGAAAGUCAUCAGUGACCGAGGAACAGCUUUUACAGCCCGACAAUUCGGCGAAUUCUGUAUGAGUAAAGGCAUAAAUCACAUACUAACAUCCGUACGACAUCCGCAGUCUAACGGACAGGUUGAGCGGGUUAACUCAACAUUAGUACCAGUAUUGCAAGCAAAUAUGCAGAACGAUAAUACAUGGGAUAAGAAUAUACUUGAGGUGGAGAGUCAACUCAACAAUGUGCAGAAUAAAACCACAGGGGAAACACCAUUUCGAUUGUUACACGGAUAUUAUCCAAGUUUCCAUGAUGGAAUACUAAGACAUUUAGUAACUGAGGAACAACCAACGGAUGUAACUAAACUGCAAGAAAAGGCCAGAGAAACAAUUGAAAAAGAACAAAGAGUAUGGAAGACCAGAUAUGAUGCCAAACACAUUACACCAGCCCAAUAUAAAGUAGGGGAAGUGAUUUUUCUGAGAACACCACCCAAACACACCGGAGAACCAACCAAACUGCAGCCAAAGUAUAGAGGACCGUUUGUAGUCAGUAAAGUGCUACCCAAUGAUACAUAUCAGAUAACUGAUGUUAUAGUUAAAGACGGACGGCAAUACAGGACAACUGUACAUGCAACACACAUGAAAGGGUACAAACUGGGACCAGAUUCAGAUGAUAUAGGAGAAGAAGUAGACAAUACCAGUCAGGAAGGAGAAGAGGGAACUGAAACUGAAGACCAGAGACAACAGGAAACGGAUGCAGUCAAACCAGAGUCACCAACCAGGACUAGAGCGAGGAAACCGCCUAAAUGGAUGGAAGAUUAUGUUUAA